UCGAGGGGCUAUGUGCAAACCGCGGCAGACGAAGAGGGGGCAAGAAUCUCCUCCCUCCCCAUCCUCCUCUCCGGCGACGGCGAGGCCCCGACCGCGGCGGCCGGAGACGAUGGCGAGGAAGGGCGUGUCGUACGUGACGGCCGCGCAGCUCGCGUCCAUGGCCAGCGACCCGCGCGUCGCCGUCGUCGACGUCAGGGACGAGGAGCGGAUCUGCGACGCGCACAUCGCCGGGUCGCACCACUACGCCAGCGACGGCUUCGCUGACCGGCUGCCGGAGAUCGCCGAGGCCACCAGGGCCAAGGAGACCCUCGUCUUCCACUGCGCCCUCAGCCAGGUGCGCGGUCCAUCUUGUGCAAGAAUGUUUCUGGACUAUUUAUCAGAGGCCAAAAAAGAGUCAGCGGUGAAGAACAUCACGGUCCUUGAGCGUGGAUUCAAUGGAUGGGAGCAUUCAGGGAGAGCUAUUUGCCGCUGCAAGGAUGCUCCUUGCAAGGGUGUAUGCUCUUAAAGAUAUUGAGUGUUCAUGUAAACAAACAUGAUGCAUUUUGCAAGUGCAAGGGAUGCUGCUCUGCAUGUUACGCCCCAAGAUGAUCGCUAUCGACAGGCUAGCCGUUCGUAGUUGAUUACUUCUAUAGCACACAUUGAAAUGGCAUAUCUCAAUUGGGUGGACCAGUAAAGACAUUGAAUAACAGUCACUAUAUGCCAUGUAAACUUCAAACCUUAUUGGCGAUUAUUGAAAACGUUUCUCUUCCACCUA